GUGUCUUGCAAAAACACAACAUUUAGGUUUUUUAGUAAACCCCUAGUUUUGAACGCUUUCUGUGUCCAAAUUCUCAGAUUUUAUAUCGCUUUCUCCCUCUCCCUCUCUUGUAUUUGCCAUUCUCUCGUGUAACCUUCAUAAACAAACUCAUUGUUUGCCUUGAUGCCGUGCCUUCCAUCACAAAAUCACUGCAUUGCGCGAGCACACGGCCCAGCAGCUGGCGUUGUUUACCCUUUGUGGUUCCGUUUUUUUCCACAGUUCCGUCCCUGCGUCCCUAUCCAAGGGAAGAAAAAAAACACAAACACAAAUUUCAAGUAGUGUAUAGAACCAUCCAACUCGCCACACAAGUGGGGGAUGGUGCAGAAGAUGAAAUAAUCAGGACAUUGCCCGAAUCAACCCAUCAACCCAUCCAGAACCGGUUUUUUUGGUCGUCUACGGGUUUACCUGCUCUGACGCUGUUCGAUUAUCUCCAGCAGUCUUCGAAGCUGCGACUGCAUGAUGGCUGAAGUACAAUAUCUUGUGACGGCAUUAUUUGCUCUAUUUGUUUGCACUGGAAUCGGAGUCCACUCGGAGGGCGAAGCCGUGUGGGGCUACCAGUGCAAGAACGAUCGCUGCGUCAAAACGGCCAUCUCGGAGGAAUCAUACCCGGCGGCGAACGCCAUCAGCCUGCCGGCAUGUCGGCUGUUCUGCGGCGAAGGAGCGGGCCUCCUCUGGCCACAGCCAACCGGGCAGCUGGCGGUGGAGAACGAGCUGGCCCAUAUCGACCCCGACCAGGUGUGGUUCCAGUGGGACGAAAAGCUGUCCCAGCUCGUCGGUCUGUGGGAAGCGAACAGGGACCGCUUCCGCAGCCAGCUGAAAAAGCGUGCCCAGGGCGCGGCGCUCAAACCCGGCGGCAAGGCGGUGCGCAUCAAGCUGAAUGUUACGGAUGGCUCGCUCGCGCUUAACUACGAAACCGACGAAAGUUACUCCCUUACCGUGGGGGCCGGCUCUAGCAAGGACGAGCUGCAGGCAACGAUCGAGGCGAAAACGUUCUUCGGUGCCCGGCACGGGCUGGAAACGCUGUCCCAGCUGGUACUGUACGACGACAUCCGGAACGAGCUGCAGAUGGUAGCCCGGGCACGGGUGUCCGAUGCACCGGCCUUCCCGCACCGCGGCCUCGCCCUGGACACGUCGCGCAACUUCAUCGAUCUCGAGUCGCUGCGCCGCACGAUCGACGGCAUGGCGAUGGUGAAGCUGAACGUGUUCCACUGGCACAUCACGGAUUCGCAGAGCUUCCCGCUGGUGGUCAAAUCGCGCCCCACCCUGCACACCUACGGGGCGUACAGCCGGCGGGACGUGUACACGGCGGACGACGUCCAGCGGCUGGUGCAGUACGCGCUCGAGCGCGGCAUCCGCAUCGUGCCCGAGCUGGAUGCACCGGCCCACGUCGGCGAGGGCUGGGAGAAGCUGGGCGUGACGGCCUGCUUUAACUACCAGCCGUGGGAGAACUACUGCGUGGAGCCACCGUGCGGUCAGCUCGAUCCGACCAAGGACGCGGUGUACGACAUCCUGGAGGACGUGUACCGGGAGAUGAACGCCAUGUUCAACCGGUCGGACCUGUUCCACAUGGGCGGGGACGAGGUGUCGGUGCGGUGCUGGAACGCAACAGGCAGCAUCCAGCGCUGGAUGGGCGAGCAGGAAUGGGGCCUGCAGGAGGGCGACUUCAUGAAGCUGUGGAACUACUUCCAAACCGAGGCCCUGCGCCGGCUGGACAAAACGCUCCCGGUGGCGGAGGGGCCGGGCGGUGGUAAGCCGCGCCCGAUCGUGAUGUGGACGAGCAAGCUGACCGAGUCACCCUACCUCGAGCAGUACCUGGACAAGGACCGGUACAUCGUGCAGGUGUGGACGACGGGUAACGACAGCAAGGUGGCCAAUCUGCUGCAGAAAGGCUACCGGCUGAUCAUGUCCAACUACGACGCGCUCUACCUGGACUGUGGCUUUGCCGGCUGGGUGACGGACGGUAGCAACUGGUGCGCACCGUACAUCGGCUGGCAGAAGGUGUACAACAACGAUCUGAUGGCGAUCGGUGGCCCGUACGCGCAGCAGAUACUGGGCGGCGAGGCCGCCCUCUGGACGGAGCAGUCCGACACGCACACGCUGGACAACCGUCUGUGGCCCCGGCUGAGCGCACACGCCGAGCGGCUGUGGAGCAAUCCGCGGGCCGGCUGGCAGAUGGCCGAGGCGCGCAUGCUCCUUCACCGCGAGCGGCUAAUCGAGGAGGGCAUUGCGGCCAACAGCAUUCAACCGAAAUGGUGCCUACAGAACGAAGCCAACUGUCCGAUCGGGGGCGAUGGUGGGCGUUCGUAAAAAGAUGAUGGAAAAAAAGGAUACUGCAAAAGUAGAAACUUUCAGCUCGGGGUGUACAUUGAGGUGGCAGACUUGGUUCUCCCCCCUCCCCUGUUGUUUUGUUUGCCCUCCAUGACACCAACAAAUUCCAAAUUCAUUCUGCUUCCCAAUUGGCUUCCGGUUGUUUGCUAACGUUACUUUCGUUGAAGUUUGAAAUUGUUAAAAAGAAGAGUGAAAAAUCUGACAGAAGUGAACAAAUUUGAGUAUAUAUAUAUAAAUAAAUGAUACUUGUUUAUUGUGUUUA